AUGUCUCUCGCAACCCUCGACGUAAGAGCUCUCCAAAUCCCCCCCCACCUGAGCCCCGCAGCCCCGCUAACAGCGCCCAAGACCGCCCAGCACCCAUACCUCCCCGCAGCAUCCGCAACCCUCUUCCGCGCCAAGGCCGCAAGAAAGCUCAGCUUUGAGAAAAUCGGCGAGCAUCUCGGUCGCAAUGAAGUAGCCGCCGCCGCCAUCUUUUAUGGUCAAGCCAAGGCAACCCAGGAAGAUAUUGAAAAACUGGCCACGCUGCUCGGAAUUCCCCAGCAGCCUCUGGAGGACCAGCUAAGUGGAUUUCCCCGACCGCGGCCGAACUACGGCUACGCGUAUAAGGCGGUCUUGAAUGAGAAGUUUGGUGAUGGUAUCAUGAGUGCCAUAUCUUUCUCGACGAAGGUUGAGAAGGAGACUGAUGAGGACGGUAACAACUGGGCCGUUAUUACUCUUCGUGGAAAGUGGUUGCCGUUCUCCCGUUUCUAG